GGCGUGGCGUGGCGAGGCUGGGCGGGGAGCUCAAAGGGCUGGAGCUCCAGUGGCGCCUGCUCGCCCCCUGGCGCAACUGCAUUACUGACGGCCAACGCUCGUCGUCCUCAUUUUCCUCCAGCACAUUUCACUGCUAGCUUGACGACCUCGAGCCUUCGCAUUCACGCAAUGGCCUUCCGCGUGUCACUCAGACGCAUCGCCUCCUCCCGCCCCGCUGCUGCGGCGGCUCGGAACUUCCACGCGACAUCCCGUGCCUGGGUCAAGGUGGGCGACGAGGUGCCCACGGUUGAGCUCCUGGAGAACUCACCCGGCAACAAAGUCAACCUGGCCGACGAGUUCAAGGCGGCCAACGGGUACAUUGUCGGCGUGCCGGGCGCCUUCACGGGGACCUGCUCCAGCAAGCAUGUGCCCUCGUACAUCAACCACCCCAACCUCAAAAAGGCAGGGCAGAUCUUUGUCGUCUCGGUCAACGACCCUUUUGUCAUGAAGGCCUGGAGCGAGCAGCUCGACCCGGCCGGCGAGACUGGCAUCCGCUUCCUCGCUGACCCAGCCGCUGAGCUGGCCAAGGCCCUGGAUGUGGGCUUCGACGGGACCGCCAUCUUUGGUAACGUCCGCAGCCAGCGAUACGCGCUCAAGGUCGAAGACGGCAAGAUUACCGAGACUCACAUCGAGCCCGACGGCACGGGAGCCGAUGUGUCAAUGGCCGAAAAGGUACUGGGCUGAGGCGGCAACGCGAUGCCGAGAACCGCGGAGCGCGUACGCUUGGAGACUACGGGCCCGGAGAAGAAUUCUAUAACGUGCGGAGUAUCAUCCCGAAAACUAAUGUCAGACUCGGGCAUAUAGAUAUACAGUAUAUGUAUAUGUGUCGUUUGACAAGUACGAAACGUAGAAUAAGGUGUGCCGUGUAAAAUAUACUGGUCUGUGACUGGUUCGCCCGAGACCAAGGA